AUGACAAAUUGCUUUAGAACUUUAUUUGGAUUAAGGAUAAGUUUAAUUAGAUUUACGCCAAGAGAAAUACUAUUACAAGCAACUUCAUACUUAGACUAUAGCGAUAAAUUACAAAUGAUUAAAAAAACAAAUGAAAUUAGAAUACUCCCGUUAACCGUUAACAUACCAUUACAGGAUUCCCUAUUGGUAUCAACAGUCACUCAAUCAAAAGAAUGUAAUUGGAAUUUGAGAUUAAAAACUUGUUGGAAUAAAUAUAUUUUAAUCUAUGUCAGAUUACAAAAUUCAAAAUCUGCAUUAGAAUCAUUAUUUCAUGACAUUAAGAAUUGGAUCGAUUGUAUUCAAAGAAUUGAAAAUGAUGCAAUUUUAAUCCACUGUAAAGAAGAUGCUUCAUUAAUUAAACUAUUAAAAAUGAAUUCACCGAUAUUUGGAGUUCUUAUGAUUGUAUUAAGAAAGAAUGGAGGUUUUGAUGUUUUUAAAAGUAAAGAUAUUAUUCCAUAUUUAGAUGAAAUGAAUAAACAAUUGAUUAAACAUAUUAUUCCACUCCGAGCAAGAGUUGUAUUUUAUGUUUGGGGGAUUUCAAUUAAUAUCCCACAACUGGAAUUAAUUGCCUAUUUUAAAAAAAUUGGUAAAUUAAUCUCUUGGAGAUUUGCACCAAUUGGUCAAUUUGGUAAAUUUCAUGUUAUUCAAUUACAAUAUGCAAGAUUUCUGAAUUUAAUUCAAAUUAAAGAUUUAAUUUCAAAUUAUUCUUCUGCUACUAUGAUCUUACACAUCUAA